UUUUGUUACGUACGUUUUCACAGCAAAAGGCAAGUGCUGAGAAGUGCAAACAUGGUGUCCCUGCAGACUAUCGCGAGUAUAGUGAUCAAAGUGCUAAAAUUGGUUAUCAAUCUCAUCAUAUUGAUCCUCUACCGCACAGGAUUCGGUGGCGAGUUUCUAGGCGUUGGUGGAACCUGGAACUUGAAUGAAGACAAGAAUCCCGAUGCCGAAAUCGUCGCUUCCGGCGUAUUCGUCGGAUUCUUCAUCUACACGAGCGUCGUUCUUAUCAGCUACUGUUUUGGCAAUUCUGAUCACAAAAAGACUCUUGUUGAAAUCAUUAUGAACUUCGUCGGGACUUUCAUGUUUGUGGCUGUGGGUGGAACGGCACUACAUUAUUGGCAUGGUUAUAUACCUGAGCAGAAAUACAUAUAUGAUGCAUCAGAGAGACAGAUUGGUUUAGCCGUGGGCUCGUUGUGCGUUUUAGAAGGUGCAGCAUACUUAAUUGAUUUAAUACUAAGUUUCCUUCAUUACGCUAAGGAAGAAUUUUAAUAAUAUAGAACGAAGAGUAUUACAAAAGUUAAACAUCGUUUUAAUAUUUACGACAAAUUUUCCGUUUCAUUCC